GGUCCUCAGUCUGGUGUCCUCUUCAUAGCUCAUCAGCUCGUCGGAGGUGAACCACGGGCAUAGGGUGGCCUCAGACAGAUUGCGGGGAGCACCGGUGGCGCACGUAAUCCGAUCACCUGUAAGCGAUCAGAGAGAGAUCUUUGUAGAGACAAACCGUGUCCGUGAUCUUUGAGACGCUCGGACGCGAUCCUCGUCACUGACACACGACCAGCCGAUCCUCCCCGAGUCGGAUCCCCUCGGUUUCGACCAGCUCUCGCAUCCACACGGCAACGGCGUCGUGGCUCCUCCUUCUUGGACGCGGAACGCGAACGAGUUCGCGUUACCACGACGCGAUCGCUUAGUGCAUGCGUCUCUGUCGAUCAACUGCACGCAGCUUACAUAACAUCCCCACGAGUCAGCAGCAGAUCAGUUUCCAGCGUUCGCGGGAAGCCUGCAAGCUUCUCGGCUCGCGAAGCACAAGGCAGUGGAGAGCUCGCGAGAACUGGAGGGAGAGAGCGAGAGAGAAAGAGGCAAGAUCGGUAACCUCGGGCUCUCGUAAGCAUCGCGACGACCGCCGUCGUCGACUAUGGCUGUGGUUGUAUGAAUGUAGUUGUAAGAAGUUGAUUGCCCUAAUCGGUCUCUACGAUUUCUUCUAAUUGGAACGAACUGACAUAGCUCGCGUCGGUACUCGGAAGCCCCGGUCCACCGACUUUAUCAACCUCUGCUCUUCCUCGAAUGAAACAUGACGCUUAUCGCCACGAUACAGCGACGAUACUUCUUUAUUUCUCUAGAUCGCCGAACACGAAUACCAGCCUGGUCCAUCGGGAAGGAUCACCGCUGUCAAUGCCCUCCGUGGAUACUGGUCGCCUAUCACGCAGCAGAUAUUCUUCUCCGCGAGCUCGUUUGUUCGGGGAGAUCACGACCCCUUCGAGUGAUCGGCUAUCGUUCCGGUCAAGCGACAAUGAUUUACGACAGUCUCUUCCAGCAGGACUUUUUACCGCGACUCGCGAGAGCGGUGGUCAUUGAUCCUAGGCCGUUCUAGCUCCUCGAAGAUAAGAACGAGGUGGACCAAUAUAGGUGAACUGAGGGAACAGGGCCCGGCACACGACGAUCCUCCUCAACGCCAUGUAAUCACCAGCCGGGAACAAGGGGAACGUUGUUGACGACGAGGAAAACUCCCGGACACGAUUCGAGUCGCUCGCAAGCGCCGAGAGAUACGGAACACGCGGUUGUAAACGACUGCUACUUCGGCUGCCGGCUGAUCGCGAUGACUCUUCGGCAUCGGGAUUCCCUGAAGGAAGGGGGCAGACGAGCCCCCGCCGCUCGCAUCCGGCCCUCCAAUCCGCUUCCUUCGACGACGGAAGCUUUUAUGAUUCAUGGGAAAACAGAGAAGACUAUCGAAAUCGGAGUAACGGACCCAGGGGUAUAGUUGUCUCUGGGGUUGUCGAGACAGGUGGACAAAUUGGUCUCAUCCGUGACGAUGGUCACGUAGACCAUUUGUGAGUUUAAUGGCAAACUCGUUGUAUAAUUAUUUCGAUGGAUUUCGUAAUUAGCUGUUACGAAAUGGACGAUAAAAAUGUGACGUCCGUGACGACGUCAACCAGCAACCCCUUGGACAACCAUAGUGGUUUAAUUAAUUGGUAACGAGGACCAAGAAGCGAUCUUGAACUGUCCGUUUCCUUGUUUAACGCUAAACUUACAAAUGAACGUUUUCAUAUUUUUCCUUUUGAAAUUGCUAGAAUUAUAAAGAUUGAGUUAUUGGAAUAUAUUAUGAUAAAAAUGACAGAAGGUAACAAUAAAUUCAGUGUUCUCAUUCUUACAAAACGGCGCAUGUUAAAUAGAGCUUGGUUGGUUUAGCGUUAAACUAUUGUACUUUGGAGUUGUAGUUUUUUGACGGAUCCUUGGCAGAUAUCUUGUUAAUUGACCGAAGGUUGUCACCGAAUGCGAUGGUCAUCGUGUUUUUUCGCGUUUAGCCAACGGCUCACGGAACGAACGGGGUGCCUCCCGUGAUUCUAAUUAUCGGUCAUUCCUGCCACGGAUCCGACAAACAACCGAUAACACCGGCUGAACACGUGCAAACAAUUGAAAACAUUCAGUUUCAGGCGGCGGAGUGGUCGCUCGGUCGUAAUUGCCGAUCAAUCUUUGACUCGUACACACCACAGUGCUCGACCCGUUGUUGUGUGCGCCACCGCGUUUAUCUGGACGGAGUUCUACCCCAUUGUUUCUUUAAUUAGCCUCCUCUCCCGGCAACGACGACCCGCGAUAAUGACGCUCGAUCGCGUGUUCGCGAAAAACCGCAUCAUCGAUGUUUGUCCCGGCGCGGACGCUUCUCGCGAGCAUCAGCAAAAAGAAGUAGAUUGUAACGUGAGAGAUAGUCCGUCUAUUCGAUUUGACCGAAAGGAUAAGGAAAAACGCAAGGUAUACCUCGUCGAAUAAUUGUGUGAACGAUUUUUAGAGAAUCUGGAAUGUAUAGAGUCUAAAUUGCUAUUAUUAUAGCGCAAUGUUUGUCACUAAACUCUGGUAGUACAGUAUUCAAAGAUUUGAGCCUCUUUGAUCCUUGCGUAGAUAACCGGAUGUGCACUUGGGUAUAUAUACUUUGGUUGCCUACGCAGGGGCUGAACAAUUCAAAGUUGAAACCGUUUACGAAUCCUUAAAGAAAAAAGAACUAUGAAAAGAUUACAGAUUUUCAGAAACUGUGAAAUAAUCGACUGUUUAAACGUUGACUUUAUCUCGAAUAGUAAAUACUCGAACGCGUUGCAUUGUUUACAGACUGUUUAACUGACAUUGUUACAAGACUGUAUUUAUUUAGACCUUUCGCCAUUUCUGUUAUAAUGUAUGCUCGAAUAAUAGAAUCGAUUCAAUCGUUUCGUAAGAAAGAGUCUUCAAAAUUUCAAGACUUUGAAAAUAAACAAUGUGAAACCGGUCGAUGGCACUAUAGCGGAUGGAAGAAAGAUUAGGCUGACGCGUAAUCUCGGCCUUGAUUUUUUAUCUCGAAUCGAACAAUCGUUUCGAACGACUCCGAAAAUCGCUCUAAAAUUCGGUGAUCGAUCAAUCGAUUUGACCGGCCAAAAAAAAGGCGCGAGAGUGGCGCCUGCUUAGUCUGUGUUCAAUAUUUUCUCAGAUCUUUUUCUCGAGUAUCGAUCGAGAUGUAGACCUCGCAACAAACAGCCAGCCGAGAUAGCGGCUGACCUUCGGUCCUCUCGUUACGCAGCUGAUCAUUAAGAUAUACGCACGGACUUUUCUCUCUCUGUUAAAACGUUUUCUCUGGGCGCGCGAGUCGAUCGUGCUUUUUGAAAUCGCAUAACGGUUCCCGCCGUCGGUAUUGCCGUGCGUGGUAAACGUGCGCAAACGCCAAUUACGGCAAUGUCACACGGGAGAUCAGAACGGGAGCACUUCGACUUCGACCCAAGAUGGCAAUGAUUUUUCGAGAAACACGACCGACUCUGCACGCCCAUGGAACUUUCGUUACCUGAAUUGUGUCGGUUGAUAUAGAUUCGAUGCGAAAAACAGGAACGUUGCGUCACGAUUCAUAAAUAAUCAGAAUAACAACACAGUCACCAUUGUUCCUCUUCGUACUGUUAGAAGCGCGUGCGGUGAUUGUGAUUGGGCACUAUAAAUGGGAAUUGUUAUUCUCACCCUGGCCGCGAUUUUUGCGCCACUUUCAAAGUACUCGCAGGUCCAUGCUCUUGCGCGAGAUUUUUUUUCCUCGAUGCCGACGAACCAACCGAACAAAAUAUAUAUACUUGAUUAGAAGGGAAACGGUGCACGUUAUUAACCUCAACGAUUCUUUGUGGAAAUAGAACGAUCCGCUGUUCGACUUCGCUGCCACGAGAAGAUUUCCGACGAAAGAGAAGUAUUGAUUUCCAUCGAAACAAUAGCACGUUGACGGACAAGAUUUUCGAGGGCGCUGACAGGAUAGUUUCGUAAUUUCAUGUAAUUGUUAAUUGAAUUAACAGUGAGUACCACGAAUGGUGCCAUCUGGUCUCAUGCGAAACACAACUCCGAACCGUCAGGCAUCGAAAUUGGACUGAUGGCCAGGUGUACUCCAUAGCAGUGUUCCUAACCUCGAUGCACGCACGAUUCUUCAUGAAAAAGUAAAUAGAUCGGAGGUAGAUCGUUUGUCGAUAAAAGAUGACCAUGUGGGAGAGAUUGCGGAAUCCCUGCGGAUGGAGAUCCGGUGCCAAGCAAAUUUCCGUCGAUGCCAUAAUACCGAUUUUUGUGGUCCCGAUGUUGGCGGUGAUAGCCGCCCAAACGGUACUAUGGACUGUCAUUAUUUUCGUGACUACCCCAUUGCUGGUGUAUUAUCUGCACCAUAAUUUCCUGAGGUUUCUGCUACGCACAAAAUUCUUUUUAAUGUGGACAAUCACCAGCGUGGUCAUGCUGAUGCUGAUCUUCGAGAUCAGUGUAGUACCUUUGUUAGAGAUCCUGCCGGAGGAAAACCUAGUAUUUAUAAUCUGUGUCGUGGGAGGCAUGCUCUGUGGUUACAAAACCAGAUUGAACGCAGACUCUGCCAGUCAGGAAAGCGCAUUGACCCAAGGUUUGGAGUUGGGAGAAGGCAGUGGAGAACUUUGUGUCACGUGUAGAAGGAGAGCACCGCCAAAAGCUCAUCACUGUCGAAUGUGUCAGACAUGCAUUCUGAAUAGGGAAUAUCAUUGUAAAUGGUUGGAUUGUUGCAUAGGCUCCAGUAACUUGAAAUGGUACAUGGGAUGCCUGUUCUUCUCUGCAGUGGCUUUUAUCUAUGGCUCCAAUUUAACCAUGACCAGUGUCUGCCAUCCGUUCAUACUCAUUGGCACUGUCCUUUUACCAGACGAUUGCAGCGACGUGUAUCAUCAAUUGGACAUUGCCCUCUGCUUCAUCUCGGCGCUGUACAGCUUGCUGGUUGGCACCGUGGUACUUUUCUAUUUAAUAUAUCACGUCUGGCUAAUAUACCUUGGCACAACAUCAAACGAACGACGUCUCCUCGAUGCCGGGAGCCAAUAUGAUAAUGGGAUACUGAAAAUCGUGUCCCGAUUGUUUUGCUGCAAAACUUAGAUAUUUAAUUUAGGCUAGAUUAUUAAAUUUAGUUCUUACUUGGUGGAUGAUGCUUUGCGUUACGCGGAGGACGUUGAAAGUUAAUAUCGAACAAUGAGGCUGAAACGUCGGGCGCUUGGGCGGUAUGUGAAUCAUAACAUAUACUCCAAUAAUUAGUUCAAGCACACUUUUCUCUAUCGACAUCCUUUAACGCUCAUUUGGAAUCUUUCGUUCUAAUAGCUAAAAACAAUUCAUGCCAAAGCCGUUGCUCCGUAACAACAUUAUAAUACGAAACGGCUGAUCUCAGUUGGCGUACCACUUAACUUUUAUUUCACUAUUGUGCACAUUAUUUAUAUAUCUAUUGUAACUGUGAUAAAGCGGCCAUUGUACGAUCAUCGCAAUAAAUUGUAUCAAUCGAU